GCUCCACAGCUGCCAGUCUGACUCGGGGCUGCUUUUGGAGUCCGACAGUCGAGGGCCGGUGCGGAGGCACGCGCCGGGCUGAGGAAGCGCAGCGGCAGCUUCCCGCAGUGGGCAGAGUGCACAGAUCAAACUGAGAGGAAAUAGCGACCUUUUCUGCUUCAGAUCCGCCCAUAGUUGUGGAAAGGAGCAGCCUGUGUGCAGACUCAGUGCCAUGAAGGCCUGGACCCAGCGAGCAGCUGAGCCGGUGUAGCGUUUCAGUGCAAGGGGAGAUUCCUGCAUGGCACUGCAGCCUGGUGAAACGUCUCCCUCCAGAUCGUUUUGCAGCCUCUGAUUGGACUGGAUUCAAUGAGCUCAUCAUCAUCACAGCACAAAGGCUUCAGGGCCGAUGGAAUCUGAUUUUUUGGGAUUAAAGUUUCAGAGCUGCUUUUUUUUUUUUCCUCGGCUGAAAAAUAAAGUAGAAAACGGCCUGCUUUGCGUUUUGGAAUCCUUUUAAUGGUCAUGGACAGCACAGACGACCCGGUCCCGGAGCCCAGAUCGGAGCGGAUCGCCCGCUACAAGGCCGAGAGGAGGCGAGAACUGGCCGAGCGCUAUGGCAACGUGGAGGAGCUUCCUUCCAAAUGGGUGAAGAGGGACGGGAGAGAGGCGCACGAGCCGGCGAUCCAAGCCCACGGAGGCCCGCUGAGCUCAGAACCAGGCCUGAACCAGGGCGUGAACGGAAGGACGCGAGGGGUCACCAACGGAUUAGAAGCAGACGCUCACGCAGAGUCCGACUACCUGAGGAGGCAGGGUUCCCAGGACUCUGCCAGCGCGCACAGCGGGCAGCUCCACACCCGGGUGUCGGUGGGCCGCCUGAGGAGCUCCCUCCUGCAGCGGAGCGGCGCCGGAGCGGCGCCGGACAAAGCGAGCCCCGACGCCGGUCGGACCGCGUCCUCCCUGGACCUGGCUGUGAGGCCGGGCCCCGAGGGCCGGCGGCGCACGCAGCGCUACCUCCCCGCCGGGCCGGCCGGCGCCCGCAAGAGCGGCGAGCGCUUCAGGACGCAGCCCAUCACCGCGCACGAGGUGGAGGAGAGCAGCGGGCUGCUGGAUCCUGCUGAGGAGCACUCCGAAGCUGACGUGAAAACAGACGAACGAGCCAAGAUGAGCGUCGCAGCCAAGAUGUCUCUGUUCAAAGAGCUGGAGAGGUCCGCGGCCCCCCCCAAGGCCCGGAGCGGCGCCUGUCGCGACCGCCGGGGUCGCCGCGGCAACGAGCACCGCUUCCUGACCCAGCCGAUCACCUGUGAGGAGAUGGUCACCAUCAGUGCCUCCACACCGGGAGCUCCACUGGAGCCUCCGUCUGUCCAUGCUGAGUCAGCAGAGGAUGGGGACCAGAACUGCAAACUCAGCAUGAGUGAGAAGCUGGCCCUCUUCAACAAACUGUCUCUGCCGGGGAGGCGGGACGACGGCCGCGCCGACGGGCCUCCGGAGCGGCGGCGGCAGAAGGGCGCCCGGUACCGCACGCAGCCCAUCACCGUGGAGGAGGUCGGCCUGCUCCAGAAGGGCCCGGUCCAGCUUCCCGCCUUGUGUUUGUCCUCCCACCUGUCUGACAGACAGCAGGCCUCGUCUGUCAAUCUAAAGCCCAGCGAGGUGCGUUUCUCCCAGUCCAGACCGGACGGCGGCACCGGGCCGGAAGAAAGCAGCCCGGGUCAGCACCGCGACCCGGAGACGGGCCUGAGAGGAAUCCUGAAGAAGAGCCGCUCGGAGCGGAGCGGGACGGAGGCGCCGCUCCACCGCGAGCAGAACGGCGGCGGCUGCGGGGCCGCGGCGGCGGAGGCGGCGCUGGAAGUCCAUGCGCCGCCGCGGAGACGGAGGACUUCCAGUGCGGAGGGAGGCUCCUCCACCGCGGCUCCCUGGAGGCAGAGAGCCCGAAACGGCACGGAGACCGGCGCCUCCGCUACCAGAACCGAGCCGGAGCGGGACGCUGCCCUGGACCAGCCGGCCUCGUCUCUGGAGCUCAGCUCAAGGAUUCAACAAGAGGAUGAGAAGGAGAGUGAAACCACAGCCACAGGUGGAGUCCGUGUCAGCCUGGCGGACGGUUCUACAGAACCACAGGACCCGACCAUCGGCACCAACAGCGCGGAAGAGACAGAAACUCUUGCGGCUCCUCAGCGCUGGGAGCCCGUCUUUGCCUCUGUCUAUUCUAGCAGCACGCCCCAGUAUAUCAUGUGUUUCAAUCAGACAAAUCUGUCCUUUGAGGCUCAGGAAGUGUCGUCUCCCACCAAGAACCAGCCGCAGCCUCAGUGGAGACAAAAGGCCGGUGGGGCUGAGGAUCAGGAGCCUCACGCGGACAAAGACGAGGACUUUGAAGCUGAGGCAGCGGCACAGUGCGCUCCGCCCUCGCCGCCGCGCGAGGCGACGGAGCCGGUCGCGGCGGACGGAGGCUCCUCCGGGGACCGGUCGCCCCCCUCCUCCCGCCCCCGCCCCCCCGCCGGAGACGGCGCUGCUGAGAGCGAGCAGGACCUGGACGUGCUCUGCCAGACCAACAUGCCCAUGCUAACUUCGGCCGUAGCGGAGCACAGGAGGUCCGUGCGUCCAUCUCGCCGCACUCAGGGCUCCAGGAACCCUCUGCGGGCUCUCGCAGCCAGAGAGGACAUCAGGCAGGACUACAUGGGCGAGAGAGUCGGCACAACUGAGGAGAGGAUUCAAGCAGAGAAGAAGUCCAAGAACUCUUCUCCAGAAGCUUCGCCUCCCAGAUCGACGGACUCCUCCUUUGACGCUGCGCGUGCGGCCCGUCCGCCCUUCAGCAGCCUGAUGCUCAUCCACGUCAAAGGUAGGCAGCAUGUUCAGGCGCGUGUGGUGGAGCCGUCGGCGAGGUCGCUGAACAGCGGCGACUGCUUCCUGCUGGUUUCCCCGGAGCAUUGCGUUGUGUGGAGCGGCGAGUUUGCCAGCGAGCAGGAGAGAGCCAAGGCGUCGGCGCUGGCGUCGUUCAUCCAGCGUCACGGGGACCUCGGCUGCCGGGCCUCGCGGGUCGUCCGCCUGGAGGAGGGGCUGAACUCUGACGGCAGCGUGGCCGCAGACUUCUGGUCUCUCCUGGGAGGGAGGACGCCGUACAGAGGUGCCGGCGCGCCGGAGGAGGACGAGGUCUACGAGCGCGGCGUGGUGGAGUCCAACUGCGUGUACCGGCUGGUGGAGACGCGGCUGGUGCCCUAUGAACGGGCCUGGGCCUCCGUCCCCACCACCUCGCUGCUGAGCCCCACUGAGGCGCUGGUGUUUGACUUCGGCAGCGAGCUGUACCUGUGGCUCGGGCUCGACGUCCCCCCCGGCAGGAGAUCGGUGGCUCUGCAGCUGACUCAGCAGGUGUGGGCCGGCGCCUACGACUACAGCAACUGUGGAGUCAACCCACUGGAUCCCACGCAGCGCAACCCCGGCGUACAGCCGCGAGGGGAGGGUCGUCCCGCCUGGGCCUUGUUCGGGGUCCUAUCGCAGCACAGCGAGACCAGCCUGUUCACGGAGAAGUUUCUAGACUGGCCGCGCGGCGGCGGGGGGAGCGAGGACGCUGCCGCGGUGGACGACGAGGCGCAGGUUGGUUCGGACCGGUUCAACCCGUUUCAUUCGGGGGAAAGCGUAACCCGGCUCCUCUCCUCGCAGCCUGAGCCGCCGGCGCCCGACCUCCUGGCGUCCUGUGACAGCGCGUCUCUGGCGCCGGGCCAGACUGCGGAGGAGGUCGGCUCGGUUCUGGACGGGCUCGGCGUGCGGCGGGGCGGCAGCGGCGUGGUGGCGCUGGAGGACGGGGGCCGGGCGGAGCUGCGGACGCUCGCUGUGGACACGUGGCACGUCCAGGAGUUCGGCGACAGCGAGGUUCCGGUGCAGAGCGCCGGGCAGCUGCAUCAGGGCGACUCCUACGUCAUCCGCUGGACUCACAGCGCCGGCGCCGCCGAUGACGUGGACGGUCCAGACGGGUCCGGUCCAGACGGGUCCGGCCCAAAGCAGAGCACCACCUUCUUCCUGUGGCGCGGCCGUCACUCCAGCGUCAGCGGACGCGACACGGCCGCGUUUCUGUCCAUCGGCACGAAGACGCCCCCGGAGUCGCAGGUGGCCGUGUCUCAGGGCAGCGAACCGCCCUGCUUCCUGCAGCUUUUCCACGGAGGCCUGGUUGUUCACAAGGGCAAACGAGAGGAGGCGUCCGCUCACGAAGGCUGGCGCUUGUUCUGCGUGCGGGGGGAGCUGCCGGAGGAGGGGUCUCUGCUGGAGGUGGAUUGCUGCUGCGCGGGUCUACGCUCCAGGGGCUGUGUUGUCCUGCUCAACAGCCAGCAGGGGGUCCUGUACCUCUGGACUGGUUGCAAAGCCCACAGCAGCGUCCGAGAGGUCGGCAGGAGGACGGUGGAGCGUCUCACUCAGAUGCGUCCACCAGAGCUGGGUCUCGGCGCCGACCAGCCGGUGGAGGUGGAGGCGGUGGAGGAAGGUUCAGAGCCCGCAGGCUUCUGGGCCGCGCUGGGCCCGAUGGACCGGAAGGCCUACGACUGCAUGCUGCACGAUCCUGGGAAGUACAACUUCACGCCGCGCCUCUUCCAUCUGAGCGCCCGCUCCGGGAGCCUCCGGGCCAGGGAGCUUCAGAGCCCGCAUCGGCUGCCGGGGCUUGUGAUGGCGAUGCCCUUCGUCCAGGAGAGCCUGUACUCUGAGCCGCAGCCAGCUUUGUUCCUGCUCGACAACCGCCUGGAGGUUUACCUGUGGCAGAGGGGUCAGCCUGAGCAGACAGAGAGUUCGGCGUCAGCCUGGACCCGGUGGCACAAUGAGCGCCGGUGCGCCAUGCAGACGGCGCUGCAGUACUGCAAAGAAAUGAACCCGAGGAGGCCGCCGCAGGCCUAUCUGGUCCUCGAGGGGUCAGAACCUCUCACCUUCACGAACGUCUUCCCACACUGGGACACGAGCCUCGGACCUCGCUCACAGGGUUGCACAGGGCGGGUUAAGCUGACUAUGGUGCAGGACGCCCUGGCCCAGCUGAUGAAGACCCAGUACCCUCUGGAGGAGCUGCUGCAGAACCCUUUGCCUGAGGGAGUGGACCCACAGCACCUGGAGGUCUACCUGUCUGACCAGGACUUCCAGACUAUUCUGGAAAUGAAGAGAGAUGAAUAUGCCUCGCUCCCAAGCUGGAAGCAAAUUGAUCUGAAGAAAAGCAAAGGCCUGCUUUACUAGACGGUGGGAACAUGUGGAGCCUGGAUGAUGUGACGCCACCAUCCAGCAGGACGUCACCACCACAAUGUUGCACAAAGAACUCUACACAACGGAAUAAGAAGGACAGAUUCACUUUUAUUUAUGUCACAUUAGUACGAGUGUGAGUGGGCUUUCUAUCAGAUGUGGAUUUCUCUGUAGCUAUUGUCCCGAGCAAAAAAAACAAAAACAUUUUUCCUAUGAAACCUUAACAAAUCUGCACAAAUCAAUGAAAGAUGAAAUAGCUGUGCAGGAGUAAAUGGACAUCAAUAACAAACGGUGAGAUUACAAAUGAGAAAACACGAGUGUGCUUCCUGGAACAAAAAAAAUCAAAACAAACAGAUUGUGAACAAGGAAAAAAAAAUAAAAAUAAACCGUAAUAACUUUCUAAA